AUUGUAAAAACGAAGCCACCCUUGACUCUUCAGCAUUCUCUCUCUGCUUUCUUCUCCCUAUAAAUACAUUAGUCCCUUCAUUUCCCUUUCGAUAUUCUCUACUGAAUAAAACCAAAAACCACAAUUUCAAUGGCACCGCCAUCAAACGUCGACGGUACAGUCUCCAUCUCCUCCCUCCACCUUGACGUCCUCCACCACCACAUCCUCUCCCGCCUUGACGGUCCCUCCCUGGCCGCUCUCUCCUGUACCUCCUCUGAAUUAAACGCUCUCUCUUCCUAUGACAAACUCUGGCAACAAAUUUGCACAUCCACCUGGCCAUCCGUUAACCACCCACUUGUCACCCAUGCUGUCUCCACCUUUCCUUCAGCUCAUCGCUCCCUUUUCUCCGAUUCCUAUCCUCUCCUCCUCCACCGUCACAGCUGCCACGAUCUUGACCGUCCAUUUCCCGCAACAAGAGAAUUGAUCUCAGCCGUGGAUAUUUACUAUCAAAACGUCCCCAUCUUCUCUACGGUUGAAGCUACUGAGACGGUCACCGGUUGGUUCCUCAGCUCUCCCUUCAGGGUCGACUUAGUCGGACCGGAGGAGUUCAUCCCGACGAGGAUACAACAGAUAGGAGAAAAGAACUCGUGGCUGAGACAACUGCAGGAGAAUAUAACUCUGAGCUGGAUCCUAAUCGACCCUCAAAAAAAGCGGGCCAUGAAUAUGUCGAGCCAGAGGGCAGUUUCAGUUCGGAGGCACUGGCUGACGGGGGAAGUGCAAGUGAAAUUCGCAAGUAUCUUGGCCGGAGACGGUGGAAUGGGGUCGGAGAGGGAAAGCGUACAGUGUGAAAUAAUGGUGACUUGUGGAGGAGAGGAAGGAGGAGAGGUUCAUGUGAGGGAUGUGAGCAUGGUGAUGGAGGAUAUGGAGGGAAAGGUGUUGAGUGGGAAGGAGAGUUUGGUAAUUGUGGAUGGGGCAAUGGAGAGGGGAGAGAGGAGGAAAGAGAAAAGUGGGGAGGAAGGGAAAGAGAGAUACAAUGAGUUUGUGGGGAGAAGAAGAGAUAGGAGAGAGAGGAAGCACAGAAGAGAGAAGAUAUGGGAUUUGGUGUGCAUUGCUUCUGGGUUUUCAAGUUUGAUGGCCUUUUGCUCCUUCCUCUUGCUCAGCUGAAGAUUUUUAAUAAAUUUUUUUUUAUAUACAUAAUACGUUAUUCUUUUAAUUUGUUUGUUUUUAUAAUAUAUGGUUCACGUUGUUCUGAUGGUGUGUAAUAGGGGAUCAUCUGGGUUUGUAUGAUAUGGAAGAUGUCAUGGGGUUUUUUUUCUUGUUUUUUUUUUUUUAUCUUGAUAAAUAAUACGUUAUUGUUUCCCUUUCCCUUUCCCUUUCCCUUGCUCUUGCUCAUUAUUAAGUAUGAUGAUGUGGUUGUUAUAAGUUGGAUAUAAUUCAAUUGCGGCAACAGACACUGAUAAUACGUCAAGCACAUAUGUAAGUCUACUACUAACAUUGAUUUACAUAAAUUACUGUAAAGUAGACACUACAUAUCAAUCAAAAUGAUUAAUUAAUGCUCCGUAGUUUGAUACAAGCAAAUGAUUAAUUAUCACUGUUCUUGAACCCGGUAUUGAAUUUAGAAUACACCGAUAUUGAAUCUAGACUAUAAGGUGAGUUACAUUGUCCAAUUUCUAAAUUUUAUGCUUUUUCUUUCUUUCUUUCUUUUUUUCAUUUAUUCUACACAUAAAUAGAUUAUUAUAUAUUCAAGCACUCCAUAUAGUUAUAUAACUAAACAUAGCCGACUAGUUGGAUCAGAUUUUUGUUCGUAUUUUACUUGUUAUAUUAAUAUAAUGAUCCAAAAUUAAGUAAAGAAAAGUAAUAGCAUUAAUACUAAACAGAAUUAAAUAACAAUAAAAAGAAAGCUCUGAUGAUUGAUUGGUUGUAAGUAAUUUGAAAUUAAGAAUUAGUUGUUAAUAUUUAAUUGUAACAUUUAACUUCUAUUGCAUGUCUCAUGUCUGUCUGAGUUUCAAACAAGAAGCUGGGCCUAAGAUAGAGCAGCCCACUUUAUCCAUGCAACUCCUAGCCCAUUGAAUAAUAACACAUCCAUGCCAUCUUUCUCUCCACAGAAUCUUCAUCUCUCAACCAUUUUUUCCUGUGUUUUUAUAUUUUUCAUAUACAACAGCUCACCUCAUCUCAUCACUCUACACUAACAAGAAUUAAUAGAAAAUGGCAGCAACAUUUGGUUCCUCAUCAACUGUUGUUGGGCUGGGGAGUAACGCUGUGUCAUCCCCAACUCGCAUUUCCUCAUCCCUAGGCUCAGGUCAACUUGGUUCAAAUCCCAUGUUAGCUUCAAUUAUAACAAAACAAUUCAAUUCACUAGCCGUUUUCAUAUGUAACAUAUAU